AUGGCUUCCAUGAGCACUCAAGAGACUUCUUCUUCACCAUCUAUUUCUUCAACACCCCAUUGGUCAUACGAUGUUUUCCUCAGUUUCUAUGGUUCUGACACCCGCAAGACUUUUGCAGAUCAGCUAUAUACUGCUAUGAAAGACAGAGGCAUUUCUGUCUAUAGGGAUAGCGAAGAACUAAAACAAGGGACAUUCAUUGGUCCAAAGCUCAUGGAAGUCAUAGAGAAAUCCAGGUAUGCAAUCACAAUUCUCUCAAGAAACUACGCUUUCUCAAGUUGGUGUUUGGAUGAACUUGUUGAGAUUGUCAAAUGCAUGAAAGAGACGCAGUUGACAAUUUUGCCCAUUUUCUACCAUGUAAAACCAUCUCACAUUCGAAAUCAAACAAGAACUUUUAAAAAAGCCUUCUCUAAGCAUGAAAAAGACGCUGAGGUCAAUAAAGAGAAGAUACAAACAUGGAGAGCUGCUUUAAGAAAAGUAGGAGAUAUUGCUGGAUGGCAUAUACAAGAUAGGUAA